UCAGCAGAAGAAUAUUAGACCUCACCUUGGAGAUCAUCUCCCUGCUGAGCGGAGAGGAUUACACCAUAAUGAAGAAGACAUCGGAGGAGACUCCCAUCAUCCAUGAGUCAGGUGGAUGGAGCAGGACCCCCAUCACAGAGCCUCCCCACCUGAUACAUGAGCAGAAGAUCCUAGAACUCACCCACAAGAUGAUGGAGCUGCUGACUGGAGAGGUUCCUGUAAGGUGUCAGGAUGUGGCGGUCUAUUUCUCCAUGGAGGAGUGGGAGUAUGUAGAAGGACACAAGGAUCUGUACAAGGAGGCCAUGAUGGAGGCUCCCCGGCCUCUGACAUCACCAGGAAAUCCCAAUAAGAACUCUGAGGGAACCACCAAGUUACCACAAGUACAAAAUGGAGCUCUCAUACCACACUCUUCAAGAGAAAAUCUCAUUGCCGUGCUUGUAUAUCCAGGACUUCUCAUUACAGAUUUAACACGUAAACCAAGUAGUCAUGGAGAAUCUCCUGAUCAAUCACAUAUUGUUUCCACAAGUCCAGACCUAUCAUCUAAUACCCCUAAUCAUAAAGAACCUUCUCCUGACCAAUCACAAAUUGUUACCACAAGUACACCACAAUCACAUCUUGGAACAUGUAAGGAAACUCAGGCAGAACUGAAGAGAUUUCCCUGUUCACACUGCGGUAAAUAUUUUGCCCAUAAAUCACAUCUUAUUAUACAUGAGAGAAGUCACACAGGAGAGAAGCCAUUUCCAUGUUCAGAAUGUGGGAAAUGUUUUACAAAUAGAUCAGAUCUUAUUAAACAUCAGAAACGUCACACAGGAGAGAAGCCGUAUCUAUGUUCAGAAUGUGGGAAAUGUUUUGUUAGGAAAGCCAAACUGAGGGAACAUCAGAGAGUUCACACUGGAGUGAGGCCGUAUUCAUGUUCAGAAUGUGAGAAAUCUUUUAUGGAGAAAUCCCAUCUUAUUCAACACAAUAGAACCCACACAGGAGAGAAGCCAUAUUCAUGUUCUGAAUGUGGGAAAUCCUUUAUAUGUAAAUCAAGACUUGUUAUACACCAGGCAGUCCACACAGGAGAGAAGCCAUUUCCAUGUUCAGUAUGUGGGAAAAGUUUUAUAGAUAAAUCACAUCUAAUUCAACACGAUAGAACCCACACAGGAGAGAAGCCGUAUUCAUGUCCUGAAUGUGUCAAAUCUUUUAAAUAUAAAUCAGAUCUUGUUAAACAUCAGAGAAAUCACACAGGAGAGAAGCCGUAUUUAUGUUCAGAAUGUGGGAAAUGUUUUACCAAUAAAUCAUAUCUUGUUAAACAUCAGAAACGUCACACAGGAGAGAAGCCGUAUCCAUGUUUAGAAUGUGGGAAAUGUUUUAUUAGUAAAAGUGAACUGAGGGAACAUCAGAAAGUUCACACGGGAGUGAGGCCAUAUUCAUGUUCAGUAUGUGGGAAAUGUUUUACAGAGAAAUCAGAUCUUAUUAGACAUGACAGAACUCAUACAGGGGAGAAGCCAUAUUCAUGUUCUGAAUGUGACAAAUCCUUUAUGUAUAAAUCAAGUCUUGUUGUACACCAGAGAUAUCACACAGGAGAGAAGCCGUAUUCAUGUUCUGAAUGUGGGAAAUCUUUUAUUAGUAAUACCAGACUCAGGGAUCAUCGGAGAAGUCACAGAGGAAAGAAACCAUCCUGAUCUUCUAUAUGUGAAAAAUGUUUCAUAAGGAAAUCAAAAUUUAAAACUCAUCAGAAAAUAAAAUAAAUUCCUGUGUGUAAUGUCUGCAAAAGCAGAUGUAUAACUAGACAUUAAAGGGGUUUAUUGCAUUUAUUAUGUAGGCAAAGUGAAUACAAGGCACUUACUAAUGUUUUUUGAUUGUCCAUCUUGCCUCCUUUUCUCUCAUUUCCUGAGGUUACGGCCACUGCUGUGCUGCAGCAGAGAUACAAGGCGGCUGGAAGCUGCUGCGCAUGUGUGCCUAUGCACCGCACCAGCCACCAGAGAGGCCGAAGGUUUUUCCUAUACUGUGCCAGAUUGCAGUAGUGGCCAUCCCUGAAUGUGUGUGGUGUGUAAUGCAAUGAAAAAUUUAAUUAAGAUAGCUCAGGAGGCAAUGUGGACAAUCACAACACAUUAGUAAGUGCCUUGUAAAAACUUUUGUCUACGUGGUAAAUUUCCUAAAAGCGAGACAACCCCUUUAAACCGCCAAUAAAAGGGUUUAUUUUUGGAUGAAAUAAGCCUGGAUUUGCCAAACACUCAGAUUAUAUUUACCUGAAUCUGGGAUCCAUGGAAGAAAAGAGGAGCAGAGAAGAUGAAGUCCCCAUGGACUGUAUUCAUACCUCCACCCACACUGCAGGAGACUCCAGAGGGACAUAGUGAAGGAGGAAGGACUCCCCAUGGGGACUUUUAUGUAACAUGUGGACAUAUCGAUAUUUGAUCUUCAUUCAUACUGUAUAUAAUGAUAAAGGUGAUGGAAAUACAAUAAAAACUAUAAUAAAUAGAAUUUAAAAUCAUUUGUUGA